GAACGUCCCAUGAGGAACCCGAGGCCCUGAAGGCCUUUGUGGAGAGCGGUGGUAGUUGGCCAGAGGUCCCGUAGGCGUCUGGGGGUCGGUAGGUCCCUCCGAGGGAGAGCAGCGGCCGCGUGUCCCCAGUACAGGAAUUAUUAACCUGGGAUCACUGUACUUGUAGGGAGAAGGUGACCCCGUUGAUUUCUCUUUGUGAAAUUUAGCAUUUCUUUCCAUGACGGAGGCAACAGACCAAAGUAGCGUAUGCAGCGUCAGAGACUUUGUUAUUUCAAAGCCGUGGUGUUAAAUACUGUGGGAGAUACCUGUAACCGCCACGUGGUGAUACCUGGAGCUGACAGUUGCCCUCGCGCCCCUUUGACCUUGGCAUUUAAUGUGCUGAAAAAGAAGUGUAUAUUCUGGAGCCAUGGGUGGCGCACGAACCCCCAAAACUUUGCCCAGAGAUAAUCUUUAAACCUUGAAGUCUUAUCAAAACCAAACAGUAGUUGAUUAAUCAAUAAAAAAUGUCUGCCUUGACAUGGAUUGGACUGGACAAUGGGUUGGAGAGAGAUGCUGAUGUGAGGAGUGAGCUACUUGCAUCGGGGAGGGGAGAUGGGAAGGUAGAGGGGGUCAGAAACUGGCAAAACGGUCACAAAAGGAGAGAUUGGAAGGAGGGAGAGUAAGUGGGAGUAUGUAGUAAAAUGUAUACAAGUUUAUAUGUGAGAGACUGACUUGAUUUGUAAACUUUCACUUAAAACAAUAAAAAUUAUUUUUAAAAAAUGUCUGCCUUAAGCAUUAUGUUCUUUUAAGAUCUUUUAACUUGACAUGCAAAUCCAGUGCUUUCGAGUCGAUUACAACUCAUAGCAACCCUAUAGGACAGAGUAGAGCUGCCCUGUAGAGUUUCCAAGGAGCAGCUAGCGGAUUCAAACUGCCAACCCUUUGGUUAGCUGCCCUAGCGCUUAACCACUAUGCCACCAGGGUUUCCAAGUUGACAUCAGCAACACUAAACAUUAGAUAGGAACCUUAGGGGCAGCGAAUUUAUAUUAAUGGGGGAGGAACAACUUAGAAAUGGAGGGUUGCACAACUCAAAAAACGUUAUUUAUGUCACUGAAUUGUAUAUGUUGAAGGGUGUAUCUUUUGCUGUGUAUACUCUUAACAAAAAAUAAAAUUAUAGGAAAAAGAAGCAUAUAUGCUAGUAUAGCAUAUUUGUUUUUUUUUUACCCUAGAAAAUAAAACAUAGUAAUUUUACAACUCAUUUCAUGACAACUGGUUGAUAAUCACAGAAUUUCUCUUGUUCAUGCCCUCUUUAGCCCUGGUUCUUUUCAAGUUACUGCGCUAGUUAUACUGUUAUUUUUUCUGAAGUUUGCACAAAGAUAACUAGAUUCAGGGCUGUUCCCCACACAAGAUGGUUGUAUGGUAAAUUAGACUUGGUUUGCUAUCAGCCUGUGUAAAAGCCCUGGUGGCACAAAUAGUUGAGUGCUCAGCUGCUAACUGAAAGGUUGGCGGUUUGAACCUACCCAGCGGUUCUGUGGGAGGGAGACCUGGCCAUCUGCUUCUGUAAAGAUUACCUAUUAAAAAAAAAAAAAAAAGUUGCUACUGAGUUGAUUCCGACUCAGCAACUUGGCCUAGAAAACCCUGUGGGCCAGUUCUACUCUCACAUGGGGCCGCUGCAAGUCAAAAAUUGACUCGAAGGCUCCUGACAACAACAGGGGAAGUACUAGGUUUAGGAACACAUGUGUAGUCUUAAUACAGUUGACCCUGCCCUGAUUAUCACAAUAUCAGGACAGCAAAUACCUUCGUUUUAAAACAUUUUUAGAGUAUAUUUUUUGAUUCCAUGUAUUUUAAUGAAUGGAUGUGAACACGUGAUUCCGAGGAGUCCUUGGUUUCAUCAGAUGCUGAAUUCAGGCCACCCUGGUGGCGCAGUGGUUAAGAGCUUGGCUGCUAACCAAAAGGUUGGCCAUUUGAAUCCACCAGCCGCUCCUUGGAAACCCUGUGAGGCAGUUCUACUUUGUCCUAUAGGAUUGCUAUGAGUCGGAAUUGACUCGAUGGUAAUUUUUUUUUUUUCUUCCUGUGGUGGUCAGGUUCCUGGGUGGCGCAAAUGGUUUGCACUCAGCUACUCAUCGGAGUACAGCCAGAAUGUUCCUUAGAAGUGAAGAUGGCUCACGUACUUUGGAAGUGUUAUCAGGAGGUACCAGUCCUUGCAGAAGGACAUCAUGCUUGGUAAACUAGAAGGUCAGCAAAAAAGAGGAAGACCCUCAACCAGAUGGAUUGACACAGUGGCUACAACAGUGGGCUUAAACACAGCAAUGGUUGUGAGUGGUACAGUACAGGGCAGUGUUCUGUUCUUUUGUAUGUAGGGUUGCUAUGACUUGGAACCAACUUGACAACAACUAAUCGAAAGGCUGAUGUUUUGAACCUGCCCAGCGGCACUGCAGGAGAAAGGCCUGGCAAUCUGCUUCCAUAAAGCUCACAGCCAAGAAAGCCAUAGGGAGCCGUCUUAUUCAUAAAAUAUGGGUUGCCAUGAGUUGGAAUUGACUCGAUGGCAGUGGGUUUGGUUUUGAGGUUUUUCUGGCGGUGGUCCAGAGAGGCUGUCUAAUAUAUUGCAUGGGCCUGAGGUCAAAGCCAGUCCAGCCUGUGUGCAGGCCCAGCUCACCCACAGCCCUGUUGGGGGACCUGGGCAGUCUGUUCCUAUUGCUGUGCCUCAGAUCUUAACCUGUUCAACCUACCAUCCCUUCUGAGGUCCAGUGUUGACCUUCUAAUAUAACUAGACCUUGAAAAUUUUCAUGCCGGUGGUUCUGGUGUUUUCUAUGGAAGUGUUUUUAUUUUGUUGUUGUGGUUGUUUUAUAUAUGUAUAUAUACGUGUACGUCCACAUAUGUAUACAUUCUCAAAAAAGCCAAACCCAGUGCCGUUGAGUCGAUUCCGACUCAUAGUGACCCUAUAGGACAGAGUAGAACUGCCCCCAUAGAGUUUCCAAGGAGCACCUGGUGGAUUCGAAGUGCCGCCCCUUUGGUUAGCAGCCAUAGCACUUAACCACUAUGCCACCAGGGUUUCUGUAUGUAAAUGUAUACAUAUAUGUAUAUUUGUAUGUGUAUGUAUUGUAUGUGUGUGAAAAUAUAUAUAACGCAAUGCACACUCAUUCAGCAUUUUCUGCCUAUACAGUUCCGUGACGUUGGGUAUACUCUUUGCCUUGUAUCAUCAGUCUUGCUCUCUGUACUCAUAUUGUUUCACAACCAGUAACUUAAACUCUCUGUUUCCUAAACUUCUCUGUGUUUUUGAGUUACUGUUGUCAGUUUGAUCUCAUAUAGGUAUUUCUUUCAAAGAAUGCACUGCUCAAAGCAGCAUUCUUUACUGGUUGAUCUAAACUGUUGUUUAGUUUGAAGAUGACUUCAUGGAAUAGUUUUGGUUCACAGUUUAAAGGUUAUCUUAGGGCAAUAGAUUUGGGGGCUCCCCCCGUCCCCGUGGGUCUAAUAAGUCUGGUUCCUCUAAGAAUUUGAAAUUCUGUUCUGUAUUUUUCCUCUGUUUGAUCGGGAUUUAUCUAUUGGGUUCUUGAGCAAAAUGUUCAGUAAUGGUGUUCGGGUACCAUCCCGUUCUUCUGGUCUCAUGGCAGUGGAGGUUGUAGUUCACGGAGGCAAUUAGACCUGCAGUCCAUUGCCUUCUGUUCCCUGGGUCUCCUUCUUCCUCUGCUGCUCCAGGCAGAUAGAGACCAAUCAUUGUAUGUUGGAUGGCCACUCAGAAGACCCCAGGCACUACCUGCCAAACUAGGAGGUAGAAAGACUCUAAAAACAGUUAUUAGGCCAAUUGACUGGACAGACCCUCAAAACCGUGACCCUAAACCUUAUGAAAGGGUUUUAAAGUAGUCAGGCUAGAUUCUAACCCAGCGCUGACCAAUAAAAAUACGUUAACACCUAUGUAAUUUAAAAUUUCUAAGUUAUUGUCUCUGUUAGGUGCUGUUGAGUCAGUUCCAACUCAUAGUGACCUUACGUAGAACAGAAACACCGCGCAGUCCUGCACCAUCCUUACAAUCAUUGCUGUGUUUGAGCCCGUUAUUGCAGCCACUGUGUCAGUUCAUCUGGAAAGGGUCAUCCUCUUUGCCGCUGACCCUCUACGUUACCGGGUGUGAUGUCCUUCUCCAGGGACUGGUCCGUCCUGACAACAUGUCCAGAGUAUGUGAGACAAAGUCUCACCAUCCUUGCUUCUAAAGAGCAUUCUGGGUGUACUUCUUCCAAGACAGAUUUGUUCGUUCUUCUGGCAGUCCAUGGCUGGGGAGGGAGAGGAAGGCCAGAGAUGAACCUCAUAGGACUCGCCCGGCUCUUCUCCAGCCCCCGGCCUGCAGGACUAUCCGUCCUCCAGCACCUCUACCUGCACAGAACCAGGCAGGCAGGAGGCAGAGAGGGGCCCCCAUGGCUACGGGCUGCAGGACUGACUUGGCCGACGCCAGCGGCCUCCAGCAGCUCCCUUUCGCAGCUGCCUCCCAAUCCGGGGAACCAGAAGAGCACGAGUGGCCUCGGCUCUGACCCGAGCCAGCCCAGCCCCACGGCCACGCUGGACGCAGAGGAGGAGGAGGAGGAGGAGGAGGAAGGCUUUGGGACCCUCUCCAACAAAUACUCUUCUCGGAGAAUGUUUCGAAAAUCGACGGCCCAGCUGUAUAAGCUGCAGACCGGGGCGCAGAGUGUGGAGGGAGACGAGGAAGGGGAGCAGGAGCCAAAGUCAUGGCGGGGCCCAGGCAACAACUCUUACUGGUACUUCUUGCGGUGCAAGCAGCUGAUCAGGGCAGGGAAGCUGGCCGAGGCCCUGGACCUGUUUGAGAGGCAGAUGCUCGAGGAGGAGCAGCUGCAGCCCCUGGAGUACAACUACACGGUGCUGAUCGGGGGCUGCGGGCGGGCUGGCUACCUGAAGAAGGCCUUCCGGCUCUACAACGACAUGAAGAAGCGGGACCUGGAGCCCUCGGACGCCACCUACACAGCCCUGUUCAACGCCUGUGCUGAGUCACCCUGGAAGGACUCCGCUCUGCAGUGUGCCCUGAAACUACGGCAGCAGCUCAGGGCCAGAAACUUCCAGCUCAACUUGAAAACGUACCAUGCCCUGCUGAAGACAGCUGCCCGCUGCUCAGACCUCAGGAUGUGCCUCGAUGUGUUCAAGGUGUGGCGGCAGAUGCUGAGUCUGGGGCUCAAGCCGAGCCGGCAUGGCUACAACCUGCUGCUGGGGGCUGCUCGGGACUGUGGCCUAGGGGACCCAGAGGUGGCCACAAAGCUGCUCCUGAGGCCCACGGAGGAGACGGCCCUGCUUCAGCCCCCAGCAGACAGGCAGUGGGUGAGGAAAACAGCCCUGGCUGGGGCAGACGGCAGCGUGUUGGCCACGCUGCUUGUGGAGGCCCUGGAGAGGCAGCUGUUUCUGGAAUCUUCUCAGGGAGUGGCGGUACCUCCAGAGCUUCAGGAGGCCAGAGCCCUGGGCAAGGCCCAGUCCGAGGUGGACAGCACGGAGGAGCCUGACCACACAGGACCCAUCACCCCUGUGGCCCUGCAGCCCCCUCCCUCAGGACUGGUGGUCAACCUCCUGAGCCUCAGGGCAGCACCCCUAUCUGUGGUCUCCCUUGGGACAGUGGCUACGCCAGCGGACAGGCUGGCCCUGAUGGGGGGCAUGGACGGCUUCCUGGACAAGAUGGCGGAGCACAGGCUCCAGCCCGACAUCAAGACCUUCACACUGCUGGCUGAGGUGGUGGCGCCCGGCAGCCCCGCGGAGUCCUCGCUGCUGGCCACUCUGGAUGUGCACCACGUGAAGGCGGACGUGACGUUCUUCAACACGCUGAUGAGGAAGAAGAGCAGACUGGGUGACCUGGAGGGGGCGAAGGCCCUGUUGCCAGUCCUGGCAAAGAGGGGGCUUGUCCCCAACCUGCAGACAUUCUGCAACCUGGCCAUUGGGUGCCACAGGCCAAGGGACGGGCUGCAGCUGCUUGCCGACAUGCAGAAGUCCCAGGUGACUCCCAACACCCACAUCUACAGCACCCUCAUCAACGCAGCCCUCAAGAGGCUGGACUACGCCUACCUCAUCGACAUCCUGAAGGACAUGCAGCGAAACAAUGUCCCUGUGAACGAGGUGGUCAUCCGCCAGCUGGAGUUCGCAGCCGAGUACCCACCCACCUUUGACCGGUACAAAGGGAAAAACACCUACUUGGAGAAGAUCGACGGCUUCCGAGCUUACUACAAGCAGUGGCUCAAAGUGAUGCCAGCCGAGGAAACCCCCCACCCCUGGGAGAAGUUCAGGAUCAAGCCCAAAGCGGACCAAGGCUCCAUGACUAAGGCUGAUGUGGACAGGGGCCUUGGGGACAGGUGAUGGUGGAAGCCUCCAACACUGGGGCCCCGCUGGAACAGUGCAUGGACCCCAAGUGCUUGGUGGCCGCCCAGGAGGCCCUUUUGUAUUAAAGUCACAGAGUCAUGGAGGAGAGAAAA